AUGCCCCAAAAUGCCCUCUCAGAUACCCCCGUCGUCCCUGCCCUCUCGCCCAGCUGGAACACCCGCCAGCUGGGGUCGCGUUUCGGCGUCGACGUCGCCAGCGCCGCUACGGCUGGAGCUUUGACGUGUCCAGCCAUCACCGUCAUCGACCGGUAUCUAUACCUCGAGGCCAUCAUCGAAAAAGCUGCCAAAGGCAUCCCCAUCCGUCAAACCCUCACAUCAUGCUUCCGAUCCAUGGUCUCCCAUCCUGGCGGCUUCUUCCUCAGCACCCCUUUCCUGCUCAUCUACACCCUCUACACCUCGACCUACCUGACCGCUAACGCCAUUGACACCGUCACCUCGACACUGCGCAACCAGUCCUUCUCGACGGUGUUCCCCGGGACCGCCAAAUUCAUCACCACGACCACCGUAAACAUGGGGAUAUGCGUCUACAAAGACGCGCGAUUUGCUCGGAUAUUCGGCGCCAAUCCUCCUCCCUCGUCGUCCCCGUCCACCGGACAAUCUUCACCGCAACCUCAGUCGCUUCCCCAACCGCGCAUUCCCCAACAAUCGCCGGCCUCCUGCCACCCCCCGGCCAACACCAAGGUGCCGCGGACCUCGUUCGCGCUGUUCUGCCUGCGCGACAGCAUUACGAUCUUCGCGUCCUUCAACGUUCCCGCGCUAGUCAGCCCCUGGAUCCCCGACGUCGUGGCGUCCACGCCGCGCGCCAAAUCCACCAUGGCGCAGUUCGCCUGUCCCGCCCUGAUGCAGUUCGCCAGUACUCCUAUGCACCUGCUUGGUCUGGACCUGUAUAACCGGCAAGACGCCCGGCUGGGGUGGCGAGAGCGAGCGCUGCGCAUCCGGCGCGACUACGUGCCCAGUUGCUUCGCGCGAAUGGGCAAGAUCGUACCGGCGUACGGGGUAGGCGGGGUGGCAAAUGUGCGGUUAAGGGAAUGGGGGAUGAAUUUGCUGGAGGGGAAAUAA